AUGGGAAUAUCCCAAAGGUGGCGGGCGUGUGAGGCGGACCUUGCCAAACUGGCGGACAACACGCUGCGUACCCCGAAAUGCUCCAGAUGCCGGAACCAUGGCUUCUUGGUGCCGGUCAAGGGCCAUUCGGGCAAGUGCAGCUGGAAGCACUGCACCUGCGAGAAGUGCUACUUAAUUACCGAGCGCCAGAAGAUCAUGGCGGCGCAGAAGGUGCUCAAGAAGCAGGCGGCCGAGGAGGACCCCGAGGCGGCCCUGUGCGCGCCGGGGCCGCCAGUGGUUCCCAGGGCUGCGGUCGCGGCCACGGCCACUACCCCUGCGGCCAUGGCCGCCACGGCUGCUGCGGCCACCAUGCCCGGCCCGGGCCUCCACCUGCUGCCGCCUCCACUGGCGGCCGCCGGAGGCGUCGGCCUGGGCUUUGAGGGCUGCGGGGCCCCUCGAUUUAUGGAGAGGCCUCCGCGAGGCAGGAGCCCCGGGCCCAGCGCCUUCCAGCCAGUGCCGAGCAGUCGUGGCCAGAGCCGCGCGGGACCAAGCGAUCGCACAGCUACAGCCUCAUGGCUGCCCGGCUGCGUGGUGCCCCCGCUGCCGCCCCCGGUGCCGCCCGAGCCCGUGGCCCGGCCCUUCCCUUGCCGUCCAGAGCUGCGCAGGCCGCUGAGGCCUGUGCCCACCUCGCCGUUCGCCGACUUCCGCCAUCCUCUGAGCAUGAACUCCAGCUGUGUGGUGGGUACUGAGUACAUGGAGAGAGAGUCUUCCAAGCUGUACCCCAGCUGCUCCACCAUGCAUUCCUACUGCACCUUCUCUCUGGGCUACCAGGAUACAUCCCCAGGCUUGGGGCUGUCCCCACAGAGGAGCUUCCGGCAUGUCUCUUGCAGCCACUACCAUGGAGGAGGCUUGGUGUCGGAACCAGUGAGAGACUUCCAACCAACCUACUACCCGCCUCCGCCUCCGCGCCACCCCCCCCCACCCCCACCCCCCCAAGUGCCACAGCCCCAGUUCCUGCCACCAGGCUUUCUCUCUGCACUCCACUUCCUCCCACCACCUCCACCACCACCAUCACCACCGCCUUUUUCUCUGGCCAUCCUGUCUGAUACAGACAGGGAGAACAUUGGCGACCAGGGUGCAGUGGCUCCUCAAGAACCCAGUCAGCCAUCAUCUCAGGAGAAGUCUAACUAAGCCCCAGGCCACCCUCGGCCGGCAGGGGAGUCAGGGGUAUUAGAGCAAUGAUUUUCUUGUUUAUGUUCAUCAUUGGAAAGAAGGAUAUUGAUAGGUUUAA